AUUCCGACAAUGCGACUAACUUCGUCGGUGCUAAUAAUAAAUUAAAGGAAGUUUAUCAAUUAUUCCAAUCUCAACAACACAUGGAGACAACAAGGAACACACUCGCGAAUAUUGGUGUAUCAUGGCGUUUUAUUCCACCGCGGUCCCCACAUUUCGGCGGAUUGUGGGAGGCGGCGGUGAAAUCGAUGAAAAUAUUAUUAGGUCGAAUAUUGGGUGAGACAAGGUUGACAUUCGAAGAGUUAAGUACACUCCUGACCCGUGCUGAAGCGUGCUUAAAUUCACGUCUUAUUACUACUUUAUCCUCCGAUCCUUCCAACCCUCCCUAUUUAACUCCUGCUCAUUUCCUGAUAGGAGACUCUCUAAUCGCCGUACCUGAACCUGAUAUAACCAACAUACCUCUAAAUCAUUUGACGAGAUGGCGUAGAAUAACUCAAUAUUCCCAACAUCUAUGGCGUCGUUGGAGUAGCGAGUAUUUGGGACAAUUGCAGGAGCGGUCAAAAUGGGCGAGUAAUAAGGGCUCUUGGGUGAAACCUGGCACAGUGGUUUUGGUAAAAGAAGAUAAUCUUCCGGCGUUUCGAUGGCGGCUGGGCAUGAUUACGAGUGUUCAGAGAGGAAGUGACGGUGUAAUUAGAUCUGCUAACGUGAAAACUCAGGAGGGGCAUUACCAACGAGCUGUACGGAAGUUAUGCCCAUUACCGUUCGAGGGAAAUGUAGAAAAUGCUUAGACAAUCAACCAAUAUUUAUUUUUCUUUUUCUUUUUAUAAUCAAUCGUGUAUCGUGUUCUAAUUAUUAUUCGAGUUA